CACUCGACGCAGAAGGCCCGUUCAUAGGGCGCAGGACGCGGGGAAAUUCAGCAGAAGCCACGAGGAAGUUGUACCACCUGAAAAGGGUCUCCGACUCGACGUUCUUCUCGUUUUCACGGGUCGUUCUCAUUGUAAAUACUCCUCGUCGUUUGUUUAUUUUUAUUUGACCGGCCUGGAAGGUGAAUAACUUCGAUGUUCGGUUCGGGCGCAGAGUUUCCGUGCCGCCUACGCGUUAUGACGACCUGUUAACCGGCCGACGGUUUGUAAAAUGUCGAGUCGGUUUAAGACGUGGAAUCCUUGUUAGAGAUCCUGUUUUGCUCGAAUUGAAACUAUACGUUUGAAAAAUGGCUCUGCCGAAGAGGAAGGAGAUUUACAAAUACGAGGCCCCUUGGCCUCUGUACAGCAUGAACUGGUCUGUGAGGCCGGACAAGAGGUUCAGACUGGCGUUGGGCUCCUUCGUCGAAGAGUACAACAACAAAGUGCAGAUAGUCUCUCUGGACGAGGACACGUCGGAUUUCAGCGCGAAGAGCACUUUCGACCACCCUUACCCGACGACGAAGAUAAUGUGGAUACCGGACAGCAAAGGGGUGUUCCCAGAUCUGAUGGCCACGAGCGGCGAUUACCUGCGAGUUUGGCGUGCCGGCGAGCCGGAGACGAGGCUCGAGUGCGUCUUGAACAACAACAAAAACUCGGAUUUCUGCGCCCCGCUCACGUCUUUCGACUGGAACGAGGUGGAUCCGAAUUUGAUAGGUACGUCGAGCAUAGACACGACGUGCACCAUCUGGGGGCUGGAGACGUCGCAGGUGGUCGGGAGGGUGAACGCGGUCGCAGGUCACGUCAAGACGCAGCUCAUAGCCCACGACAAGGAGGUCUACGACAUCGCCUUCAGCCGGGCCGGAGGCGGCAGGGACAUGUUCGCGUCCGUCGGGGCAGACGGUUCCGUCAGGAUGUUCGACCUCCGCCAUCUGGAACACUCGACCAUCAUAUACGAAGACCCGGCCCACACACCACUCCUCCGUCUCGCCUGGAACAAACAGGAUCCGAAUUACUUGGCGACGGUGGCCAUGGACGCCUGCGAAGUCAUCAUUUUGGACGUCAGGGUCCCUUGCACUCCUGUCGCGAGGCUGAACAACCACCGCGCCUGUGUAAACGGUAUCGCCUGGGCUCCGCAUUCCUCCUGUCACAUCUGUACCGCCGGCGACGACCACCAAGCCCUGAUCUGGGACAUACAGCAGAUGCCGAGGGCGAUCGAAGACCCUAUCCUCGCCUACACGGCUGCAGAAGGCGAGAUCAACCAGAUCCAAUGGGGCGCCACUCAGCCCGACUGGAUCGCCAUCUGCUACAACAAGGCGCUCGAGAUACUCCGUGUCUGAAACGAUCCAGUGGUGUCGACAAUCGUCGAAAAGCGGUUCGGGUGCUAUCCCUCAUUAUUUUACACUUCGCAGGACUGAUUUUAACGAUUGAAACAUACAAAACUUGACGAUUCGACAAUUAGGAAAUCUUACACAAACGACCGCUUUUGUUUAAUCCCAACUGUCAAACUUAAGUUUCUUUUUGAGAAAACUAUAAAAACAAACUUUUAAAAAAGCCCAUUGCUAGUCUUC